CGUCAGGGCGUGCAGCAGCCGGGAGAGGGGGCGGUGCGCCCGGAGUCCCGGCAGCGCAACGAGCCGCUAGCACCGCGGCUGAAGGCAGCCGGAGAUCAGCGCCCGAUACCCGGGCCAUCCUGAUCCCUGAUCCCGUGGCGCCAACAGCUCCUUCAUUCAUUGACUGGGAGUCAGCGGCACAGAGCGGUGCCAGCCCAGGACACAGUGUGACCUUCUGCGAUACAAUAUUACAGAUAGCCCAUAGAGAUGAGUGGUGGUGUGGUCGAGGAGCAGCCCGGGCUGAGUGUCAGCUCCCCGUCCGUGCCAGAAGCAGUUCACGCGGGAGAGGAUGGCUUCAGUCUGCAAAUAAUCACGUGGAAUGUUGCAACUGCUGUUCCACCCGAUGAUGUAUCUUCACUUUUGGGGUUAAAUUCGAUUGAUGGAAGAAUUGACAUGUAUGUCAUUGGUUUGCAGGAAGUGAAUUCCAUGAUAAAUAAAAGACUGAAGGAUGCCAUCUUCACUGACCAAUGGAGUGAGCUCUUUAUGGACACUCUUAGUCCCUUUGGUUACGUGUUGGUGACCUCUGAGAGGAUGCAAGGACAGCUGCUCUUGGUGCUUGCCAAAUAUUACCUCCUGCCGAGCCUGCAGGACAUCCAGACAGACUGCACCAGAACAGGGCUUGGUGGAUACUGGGGGAACAAGGGAGCGGUCAGCGCCAGGCUGUCUCUGUGUGGUCACAUGAUCUGUUUCCUCAACUGCCAUUUGCCUGCCCACAUGGAGAACUCCGAGCAGCGGAUGGACGACUUUGAGAGCAUCCUCCAGCUGCAGCAGUUUAAUGGGCCCGUCGCCACUGGAGUCCUCGAUCAUGAUGUUGUCUUCUGGUUUGGUGACCUGAACUUUCGAAUUGAGCAGUAUGAUAUUCGUUUCAUCAAAAAUGCCAUCGAAAAGAACAAGUUGGGUGUGCUGUGGGAGAAGGACCAGUUGAACAUUGCAAAGGUGAAUGAGCCUGCAUUGAAUGGAUUUCAGGAAGGACCCCUCAACUUCAGGCCAACGUACAAAUAUGACGUGGGCACAAAUACAUUUGACACCAGUUCCAAGAAACGCAAACCUGCCUGGACGGAUCGGAUUCUCUGGAGGGUGAAAAUGUCUGACUGUUACGACUUAGUGCAGAAUUCCACAUUAUCGGCAAGGAACAACUCCCCAGCCAGCAAAAGCAGUCAUAUUGAGGUGUUCCAGCAUGUUUAUCGGAGUCACAUGGAGUACCUCAUCAGUGACCACAAACCUGUGACUGCCGUUUUCUGCUUGAAGUUUUCCCAGAAACAACAGACUCCAUUGAUUCAGCUACAGGUGGAGGAUGAGUGGAACAAGCCAUCAGAUGCUGUGGUCCGCUAUAGGAUGGCAGACUCCUUUGCCAAGAGUUCGUGGGACUGGCUUGGUUUAUACAGGGUUGGCUUUAAACAUCACAAGGACUACAUAACAUAUGUCUGGGCAAAGCAUGAUGAAGCUGAUUCAGACAAGCAAUGUUAUCAGGUCAUGUUCAGUGAGGAUUCCGUGCCAAAGGGCACCGGGGAGUACAUCCUGUGCUACUACAGCAACUAUUUCAACACCAUUGUGGGAGUGACCGAGCCAUUCCAGAUAAUUCUGCCCUCCUCGAGUUCCAGUUCCAGCAAGUCCGACAGCUCUGAUUCCAGCUCUGACGGGGAGGAGAUGAGCACCUUGAAGUUGAUCCGCCCUAAAUCCCGCAGCCCUAGUCCGGGCAAAAUGAAGAGGAGGAGGAGCAGGAGUCGGAGUAAGAGCCCGGUCAUCCCAAUAGCCAAGUCCCUGCAAGGCCUCAACCUCCGAGUGGGCUCCAAGAACAAGAGCAAAAGCCGCAGUCCCUCGCCAAGGGGAGGUCAGGUGUCGAAAGCCAGGCAUCUCAAAGAGCCGGGAGACAGAGCCACAGUGGGAAGUGGCCUGAAUCCUGAAGGUGCUGUUAGUGAUGUGCCCUCAGCUUCAGCCCCAGCUGCUUCCAAACACUCAGCAGCUCAUGGGAAAGGUCAGACUGUUACUGACACGGCUGCCACCUGCACCGGGAGGCAUGGUAGCCAAGUUCCGCAGCCCCAUUACAGUGAUAGUGCUCAGCAUCCCCGUCCAUCUCCAAAACUCUCCCAAUCACCUUCUCGGGAUGGAGCUGUAGGUGUGAAGCUCGAUGAAGCAAGUCAGUUCUCCAGUAGCAAGAACCAUCCCUCCAGGUCACUAAGUCCCAACGUUUGGGUCACCAACACUCAUGCGAGGCCUGAGGCAGGAGAAGGUCAUAAUGCAGCAAAGACUUCAGAGAGAAGCAUUGGCAAGAAGACCACCGUGGCAUCUGGAGAAGGCAGUACAAGCCUGGAGCUGGAGCUGAAACCUGUCCAACACCCAUCAACACUGAAGUAAAAGUUCUCUUUCCACUAUGACAGCUCAACAAAGCACAAACUAUAAUUGUUAUUCAUAGUUAAAAGAUGUGUAGAACAAUCAGCCUUAUUUUUAAUGUGGAGUUGAGCUCCCAUCUGAGCCACUGGAACUGUUGUGGAUGAAAUCAUUUAGUUACCAAAUUCAUCAUGCUAAAUAACGUCAUGAGAUAUAAUUGGGACUCCAACCCUGCUCCUUAUUCUCACUUCAUUCUUGCCUGUUUUGCCAUUCCUGCUGUAUGUAUUUUCCUGGGAAGUAUGCAGUCAAGGAGGUCUUUUCUCUCUGGAUCAGGAGCUCCCGCUGCAUGGGCUCUUCACACCAGCAGAUGUCAGUUAGCCUCUGCCUUGUGCGAACAGUGUGGCUCCUUCUCCAAUCAGAUCAGAGUUAAAUUUGCAUCAAGUGCAGAUUGACAUCAUUGGCCCAUAAUGUCCAUUGAUGGACCCCAUUGGCUUUGGGUGGGUGGCUUAGCUAUUCAGAAUCUUGACUGAAAUGCACCUCACUGAGACGUGGCCAACUUUCUGGCAGGAAGGUAAUCUCAGCUGUUUUAAUUGUCUAUCAGCCACCAUUCUUGCCCUACUUCAACAGAGCAAAAUGGCUUAACAGAUGUGAAAUGCCCAAUCCAUUUGGUAGGCCUAUUGAAUUCAUGAUUGCCAAAUAAAUUAGCAUUUAAGUAGAACUUGGACAGUAUUCCAAGGUGUCCACUUUGCACAUGCAAUUUGUCCACAACCUUUUUCCCAGAUUCAACAGCAAACCUGGCCUAUGUUAAGCUUUCUUAAAAAUUUCCCAGGGUCCUCAUGUGGGUGGCUGCUAAAAUGAGGGUGUGGGGCAAUCCACUCACUGAUCCCCUCACUCACACUCAGGAGCAGGGCCUCUGCAUUAGGCUGCCUGGCUAUUGACAAUGGAACUUCAUCCAGUACAGAUAUAAAAUUAUAGCAAAUGUGCACUUAAGACUUGAAAAUAAGAAAAUAGGCCUCAACGAAUGGACAUAGCUACAUGAACAUUGCAUAAAAUAAUUUAAUUUAUUUCCCUGCUCUUCCUGUGAAUCUACUGGCUGUAGUUGGUGUACAAUUCCAGGCACUGGAUGCCUUCCCAUACUCAGCGCUACUGGCUACACUUCAUUGAUGAGGGUCUUCAGUAUUGAUGGACAUAAAUAUGAGAAAAGAAAAGGGUGAACUCUUCACUUGGACCAGGACUCUCCAGUAAAGACAAGGAUUCUUCAACGUGGACAAGGUCUCUUUUUUAAUAUUGUGCAAUACUAUAUAAUACUAACAAAACUGCUGUAAUGAGAACUGAUAGGUCAGGGGUAUAGGACACAAUGAGAAUGCAAGAAGAGGAAAACACUGAGGAACCAGCAAUAGAGAGAGUGGCAUUUCACACCAGUCACUCCCUGUUAUUCAGUAUUGUCCAGACUACAUUGUUACUGAGCUCUAUUCAUGCUGUGUGCAGUACUCCAGCUGUAAUUUUGCUCCACCUUAAGUUUGUGGAAAUUGAUAACCAGUUUCUAUCUAGUUUACUGUGAAAUCUGGCAUCACAAGCAGAAACAUUCUGACAGGAUUUCAGAUUAGGAUCAACAUUCCUUUCACCAGGGUACAUAACAGGCAUUACCAUUCUUAAAAUUGUGAAACCUUCAUAUGGCACUGAACUAUGCUGAAUGUUGGAUGUGAAGAAUUUCUUACAUUUACUGGAUUCACUUUUGCUGUAGGUGUCUAAGUCCUGUACAUUCUUAGAUUUGAACAGUGGCUGGCUAGAAUUCCUGUGUGGGUGCAAUAUGUGCAAAUCUCCCUCUCUGCCAUUGACUGAAGUCAACUAUGAAGCAUGAUGUGCUCUGUGGAUGUAAAAAGUUUCAUUCUGAUUAAACAAUAAACUUUAGAGUCUGAUCUUCAGCUUGGGUGUACAGAGAGUUUUAUGAAUAUUUUAUCCUGAUUGGUUAGUGACAAGGUCCUGUUUGAGUCGUCAGUUUUAGAACAUAGAACGGUACAGCAGAGGAACAGGCUCUUCGGCCCAUGAUAUCUGUGCUAACCAUGAUGCCAACUUAAACUAAUCCCAUCUGCCUGCACAUGAUCCAUAUCCCUCCAUUCCCAGCCUGUGCAAACAACUGCCCAAAUGGUUCUUAAAUGUUGCUAUUGAAUCUGUUUCCAGCACGUCCCCUGGCAGUGUGUUCCAGGCACCGACCACUCUGUGUAAAACAAAAAAUAAGACUUACUUCACACAUCUCCUGUAAACUUUCCCCCUCUUACCUUAAACCUACGCCCUCUGGUAUUGACAUUUCCACCCUGGGGAAAAAAUCCAUCUACCCUGUCUAUCUCUCUCAUAAUUUUAUACACUUCUAUUAGGUCACUCCUCAGCCUCUAAUACUCCAGAGAAAACAAUCCAAGUUUGUUCAACCUCUCCUUAUAGCUAAUAUUCUCUAAUCCAGUCAACAUCCUGGUGAACCUCUUCUGCACCCUCUUUAAAGCCACCACAUCCUGCAACCAGAACUGGACACAAUAUCCCAAAUGUGGCCUCCAAGUUUGAUACAGCUACUAUAUGACUUGUCAACUGUUAUACUCAAUGCCCUGAUCGAUAAAGGGCGGUACCACUGUAUCUACUUGUGUUGCUACUUUCAGGGAGCUAUGGACUUGCAUCCCAAGAUCCCUCAGUACAUCAAAGCUCCCAAGGGUCCUGCUAUUUACAGUGUACCCUUGCCUUAUAUUCAACCUCCCAAAGUCCAACACUUCACUCCAUUUCUCUGCCAAUAUUUCCAAAUAAUCCAUAUCCUGCUGUAUCCUUUGAUAACCUUCCUCACUAUCCAGAAUUCCACUGACUUUUGUGUCAUCUGCAAACUUAUUAAUCAGCCUAUCUACAUUUUCAUCCAAACCAUUUAUAUCUCAAACAGAGGUCCCAGCAAUGAUCCC